CAGUGAAGAAGAGAGCAGACUACCACGUUAGUUAGUUAGUGGUUACCAGCAGCAGUUGGUCCUUCUCUCAGCGUAGACAAGCAGCGAGUUGUCAGCGGCUUGAUCCAGCAAAGAUGAACGGGUUAAACGAGGAACCAAUGGCACCACAAACCUUUCUUUACGGCUGCGUGCUGGAAGGUGAUAAGGAGGUGGUGUUCAAUCCUGAGGAUGAUGAAUUUGAGCAUCAGCUAGACCUAAGGAUGGCCUGCGUGGAUCUCAGCACAAAAGACCAACUACACAUGGUGGAGGUGGAAGGACAAGACGCAGAGGGGCAAAAAAUCAAGGCAGUGAUGGCCUCACUUAAGCCGUCCACCCUGCCAAGUGUGUGUCUUGGUGGGUUCACAAUCACACCCCCAGCAGUUUUCCGUCUGAAGGCUGGUGCUGGUCCAAUCCAUAUCAGUGGGCAACACCUUGUCAUGAUGGAGGCUGAUCAGUCUUUUGAUGAAGAUGAUGAUGAUGAAGACGAAGAAAUGGAGGAAGAUGUCAGAACAUCAAAGAAAAGACCUGCUACCUCCCCCGCACUCAAGUCUCAGAAAAAAAUGAAAAUGGACGUGGAAGAGGAUGAUGAUGAUGAUGACGACGAUGAGGAUGAGGAUGAUGAUGAGGAGGAUGAUGAUGAGGAGGAGGAGAGCGAAGAGGAAGAGACACCUGUUAAGGCCAAGGCAACCAAACCCAAAACCCCUGCUCAGAAUGGCAAGAGUCCAAAACCCAGUACUCCAGCCAAAAAGCAGGACAAGACCCCUAAAGGUAAGGGUGAAAAGUCACCUAAAACCCCAACAACUCCCAAAGCACCUUUAACUCUUCCUGAGCUUAAAGCCAAGAUGAUGGAGGCAGUGAAGAAGGGAGUGACAUUACCUAAAGCCCAGCCCAAGUUUGAGAACUUUUUGAAGAAUGGUCAGAAUGUCUCAGAUACCAAGGUUAUUGCUGAGCUGUGGAAGUGGAGACAGACAUUGAAGGACACAAAAUAACGGUCUCAGUUUUAAUGGCUCGUUUUAUACCCAUAGCACCCCUCAAAUUCUCCAAGCCAAACUCAGUGCCUCAAUAAUUCUAAGUCUAGUCCAGCUCCACCUGCCCUCUUGUACAAAGACUGGAGAGAUGGUGAUGUGGAUGCUGACAGUGCACUGUGGUGUUGCAUUGUCGUCCUCCAUCAUUUCAUCAGGUAGUUAAAUUAUUUGGUUUGUUGAAUAAACCCUGGAAGAACCCACUUACAAAUUUGCAUCUUUGUAAAUGUGUAAAUAAAAUUCUCGUGAGAUUGUUGACACCUGAGUAUGGAGGAUAGCUACAUGUUUUGUUUUUUAAAUGUAUACAGUAAAUGUUAAUUUGGCCUCAUGCAGGAAUAAUUAAAAUGCAUCAGAUCAUAACUCUCAAUUAAAACAAUGUACAAGAAAACUAUCAAACAAUAAAAAAUCAGCUAAUGUUGCCACGGUGACAUUUGUUUGUGUCAGUCUAGCAGAAUUUUUGACUGACAUGUCUCAUUAUUGAUAUUGUUUGAGCAAUAUUGAUUUUUCUAGUUUUGUCCACUAUGAACAUAAACAAACUGCACUUUUUUCCAGAUGUUUUGAAUAUUUAUGCUAUUGUGAGAUUCCUAUGAUCAAAAUCCUAUAACAACAAACUGUCCACUGAAUAUGGCUGAAUUAAAAAAUCUUGUUAUAUUCCAUGUAUUCUACCGUCCGGAAGAAAUCAACCAUUUACUAUUAACCUUUGAAGACACUGUCAUAAAUUAAGUAUGCUGCACAAUUCUUUGUAUUGCCAUGACUACAAGCCAACAGGCCAAAAGUUAAUUACUGCUAGUUGCUAGUUAAUGAAUGUAUGAAGGAAUCUGCAAGGACUUUUUUUUGGUUAAAUUAAGUUGCUUCAAGCUUCUCAAACAAAGAUUUGCAGAUUUUCUCACAAGUUACCAUCUGUUCUCAAGGUUAUUUAAGCCACAAAUUCUGAUCUCAUGUGGCCUGUUAAAGUAGUAAUUAAAAAUGUAAAUGCUGAUGCAUGAGGCCUGUUAAAGCAGAAAUCAUUCCAUGUUCUAAAACAAGUGCAAGUUUGUAUGACUUAAAAUAUGCUAUGGGUUUGGAUUUUACUGUUUAAAAGUCAUUAAAUGCAAUACUGUGUAAGUGUUGCUUUUCUAUUUUUCUGCAAUAAAAUCACUGGCAAUUUUACUUAUUUUGAAGACAAAUGCAGCUAUUUGAUUUUUAUGUGCAACAAUGUAUUUGCUAUUAAAAUGUCAAGCACA